AUGGCGGAUUCCCAAGCGUUUCCCGAAACCCAAUUAGCAUCUGAGAUCAAUGAUCAGCCCGAACGAAAAGACAUAAUCACUUUCAUGGAUGCUAAAUGGUACAAUGCUGCAGCAGAAGGCCAAAUCAACCCGUUCAAACAUUACGCAGGCCCUCUAGAUCUUUUGCGCACCCCAAACAAAAAAUACAGUCCUACAUCUGAGCCCAACAUCAAAGGUGAAACCCCACUGCACAUUGCAGCAAGAUUGGGGCACAAAAAUAUAGUCGAAUUUCUUAUUCAUAGCAUCAAGAAGGCUCAAUUCAAAGACCUUGAGAGAGGCGCAGAGGCAUCAACAAGUGACAAGAUGCUGAAGAAAACAAGCACAGACGAAGACACGGCCUUACAUGAGGCUGUGAGAAAUAAUCAUCCUCAAGUGGUGGAAAUAUUGAUUAGAGAAAAUCCCGAAUUUGCGAACAUAGCUAAUGCCGCCGGAGAAAGCCCGCUUUACCUUGCAGCGGCGAGAGAGAACAAUAGCAUUGCUUCUAAGAUAUUGAAGAUAUGUCUCUCACCGGCAUACACCGGUCCCAACGGUAGAACAGCUUUGCACGAAGCUGUGAUAAGUGGAGAUGCAGAUUUAACAAGAAAAAUGCUGGAUAAAAACAGCAGUCUGACCAGAGAACAAGACAAAGAAGGAUGGACUCUGCUGCAUUAUGCUUCCUACUUCAAUCUUCUUCCAAUUGUGGAAAUGUUACUGGAAGAUGAUAAUAAAUCUGCUGCCUAUAUUGGCGAAAAUUAA